AAUUAAUUUAAUGCAGCUAAAUAUUGAGGAUGACAACAAGAUUAGCGAUAGCACUUUGAACAGUCAUAAUAACUAUUCUCAUUACGAGGAAGCCAACAAUAAUGUAACUACUCCAUUCACAAGUGAUUCUGCUCCGAAUAAAUAUCAGCAAGUUUCUCUACAUCCAUUGACCAUGUCAAUUCAAGAAUUUGCUUCUGCUGCCAAGCAAGUUGAUGAUGAAUCAAAGCUACUGAGAUUGCAAGAAACUGCAGGUGAUAUAGUAGAUAUGAAGAAGCGAGCGUUGAAUGAUAGAAUAAUCCUUGCCGAAAAAGGCUUCCUUGAUGCAGAUGGUCUUCAUGGAAGCAUCUUGUGUUUGGGCGUCCAAGGGACCAAGAAAGCAAGCUAGCUUUCUUCCCUGGGAUUGCUGAUUCAAACAGGGAUUCAACAUGAAAUCUGGAGGGUUGCAAGAGCAAUUCAAACAGCUGCUUCUGCACUCAAAGGAGAAUUCACCUAACUCAUCACACUCACACCACAUGCAAAUCCGUUUCUAUGUUUUGGGUUACUCGUAAAGAUUCCACUCGAAAUAGUUUUGACACUUAUAAAUGUACAUUAGCUUUCCAAAAGGGGGAUGUUAAUGUAUUAUGUCUUAUAUACUCUUAUGUAUGUAAUAAGCAAUUUUUGUUAUGGUUGGACACUUAUUAUUCAAACUACUAGGUGAUUUUGCAAUUUUU